CGCCAGCCAUACCACAGCAAAGCAUCCAAUGCUCCCUUCGCCCGCCCAUUCACUGCCCUAAUAAUGCCCUCCCUCCACCACUAAACCCCCUCCUCCCUCUCAUAAUCCUCCCGGACCUCUGCCCGGAGCACCGGCGGCGGCGGCGGCGGCGAGAUGGACAUCGCGUCGUUCGUGACGUCGCUCCUGACGUCCUUCCUCAUCUUCGUGGUGCUGGUCCUGGUCUUCACCUGGCUGUCGCGCCGCCCCGGGAACGCGCCCGUCUACUACCCCAACGUCCUGCUGCGCGGGCUCGACCCCUGGGAGGGCCGCGGCCGGGGCACGCGCAGCCCCGUCGGCUGGAUCCAGCAGGCCUUCAGGGCCUCCGAGGCCGACGUCGUCCACGCUGGCGGAGUCGACGCCGCCGUCUACCUCGUCUUCCUCUCCUCAGUGUUGGCAAUCCUAGUCUUCUCCGGAAUUCUGUUGCUUCCAGUUCUGUUACCAGUUGCUGCAACCAGUCAUGCCCUGGAGGCUUCUGCUGGCUCAAAUGCCUCGGCCGCACAUAACUUCACGGUUAUUGAAAGGCUGGCACUGGGCAAUGUUGAAGAGGGAAGUUUCAGGCUGUGGGCAUUUAUAGGGUCAGUAUACUGGCUCUCUUUUGUCACCUAUUUCGUAUUAUGGAAAUCCUACAAGCAUGUUUCGAACCUGAGAGCAGCUGCAAGAUCAACAUCAGAUGUUAAACCAGAGGAGUUUACCGUGUUGGUGAGAGAUGUUCCUAUACCGCCUCCUGAUCAAAGUAUAAAGGACUCGGUGGACUCCUAUUUCCGAGCACUUCAUCCUGAUACAUUCUACAAGGCAAUGGUCGUGACAGACAUCAAGAAGGCAGAUAAAAUUUUCCAAGAGAUUGAAGGUCACAAACAGAAAAUUGCUCAUGCUGAAGCUGUCUAUGCUGAGUCAAAGACAGCAAACAAACCUGAGGGCACCAAGCCUACUCAUAAGACUGGAUUCCUUGGCCUUAUCGGUAAAAAGGUUGACACUAUUGAGUAUUGUAAUGAGAAAAUCAAGGAAUUGCUGCCCAAGCUGGAGGAAGAACAAAAGAACACCCUUAGUGAGAAGCAACAACGGGCUGCCAUUGUCGUCUUCAACAGCAGAGCUGCUGCAGCCUCGGCAUCUCAGACUCUCCAUGCACAAAUGUUUGAUAAAUGGACAGUUACAGAAGCUCCUGAACCACGUGAGAUAAUAUGGUCCAAUCUUCCAAUGAAAAUGUAUGACAGGAACACCAGGCGGAGUGUGAUCUAUUUCAUUGUCUUCCUCACGGUGUUUUUCUACCUUAUUCCUAUUAGUGCUAUCUCUGCUAUUACGACGCUGGAAAAAUUGAGGCAGAAGCUGCCCUUUCUGAAGGUUGUUGUGGACCAACCGACAGUUAAAACAGUCUUACAAGCUUACCUGCCACAGCUUGCACUUAUUGUUUUUCUUGCUUUGCUGCCUGCUCUUCUUCUGUUUGUCUCGAAGUCCGAGGGGAUCCCUUCACAGAGCCACGUAGUCAGGGCAGCAUCAGGAAAAUAUUUCUACUUCAUCGUCUUCAAUGUCUUCCUUGGCAUUACAAUUAGCUCCACGUUGUUCAGCGCCUUGAGAACCAUUAUCGAUAACCCUAAAGGGGUAAUUGAUAUGCUAGGCAGCAGCCUUCCUGGAAGUGCAACUUUCUUCCUCACCUUCGUUGCACUGAAAUUCUUUGUUGGUUACGGGCUCGAGCUCUCUCGCUUGGUACCCCUCAUCAUUUUCCACCUAAAAAAGAAGUACCUAUGCAAGACUGAGGAUGAGGUGAGAGCAGCAUGGACUCCAGGAGACUUGGGGUAUAACACCAGGGUUCCAAGUGACAUGCUGAUUGUGACAAUUGUGCUGUGCUACUCCGUCAUUGCACCUUUGAUUAUUCCAUUUGGUGUUGCUUACUUUGCUCUUGGAUGGCUUAUAGCGAAAAACCAGGUUUUGAGAGUUUAUGUUCCUAGUUACGAGAGCAAUGGGCGAAUGUGGCCACACAUGCACACGAGGAUCAUUGCGGCUCUGAUGAUUUACCAGGCUACCAUGAUUGGUGCCAUCAGCCUGAAAAAGUUUGUGUAUUCCUCUGUCCUUAUCCCGCUGAUUCCAAUAAGCUUAAUCUUUGCCUACACUUGCCAUACACGCUUCUAUCCCGCGUUUGCCAAAACCCCUCUUGAGGUGGCAAGGCAGGAGCUCAAAGAGACGCCGAACAUGGGUGCCAUCUACGCUGCGUACAUCCCUCCUUGCCUGAAGCCAGAGAAGCUUGAAGAUGUGGAAGUCUUUGAAGAUGCUCAGUCGCGAACCACCUCUAGAGCCCCGUCCUUCUAGUGAUUUGUGAAUGUCCUGGUGCGCUGGAUGGUCUUUCCACGUCGAACCCCCUUGAACCUGCUGUUUCCAGGAUAGGAAACUGAUGUCGUGUGCUGUACAUACACACGCUGUUGCCCCGAUAAGCAGUGGUGUGAAAGAUUUCUUCAUAUAUUUUAGGUAGUUGCCGUUGAUACUCCUGGGUGUUUACGUUUGUUGUGGACAGUAGACUAUUGACGUGUGGUUGUGCAAAAAUAUCAGAAUUCAGAUUGCUUGAUGCCUCUUAACUCUGUUGACAGUUUAUUCCGGUAGUGAUAUUAUUUGUUGCUGAAA